AUGGCGGAACUACUGAUCAGUGGACAGACCGGGUACGUACCGGAGGACGGGCUCAGCGGACAGCAGCUGUUCGGAGGAGGAGAUGGCCUCACCUACAAUGACUUCCUGAUCCUUCCCGGGUACAUCGACUUCACAGCAGAACAAGUGGACCUGACGUCAGCCCUGACCAAACGCAUCACAAUGAAAACUCCUUUUGUGUCUUCUCCGAUGGACACCGUCACAGAGGCCAACAUGGCUAUCGCUAUGGCACUGACCGGUGGAAUCGGCUUCAUCCACCACAACUGCACUCCAGAGUUCCAGGCCAAUGAAGUUCGCAAAGUCAAGCGAUAUGAACAGGGCUUCAUCACGGACCCAGUGGUGAUGAGUCCAAACGAAUGCGUGCGAGACGUGUUCCAGGCCAAAGCUCGUCAUGGAUUCUGCGGCAUUCCCAUCACGGACAACGGGAAAAUGGGAGGGAAGCUGGUGGGAAUCAUCUCCUCUAGAGACAUCGACUUCCUGAAGGAGGAGGACCAUGACCUGCCACUAAACGAGGUGAUGACAAAGCAAGAGGAUCUAGUUGUGGCGCCAGCAGGAAUCACCCUGAAAGAGGCCAAUGGAAUCCUUCAAAGGAGUAAAAAAGGGAAACUUCCUAUUGUGAAUGAAGAGGGCCACCUGGUGUCCAUAAUCGCCCGCACAGACCUGAAGAAGAACCGAGACUUUCCAUUGGCCUCGAAAGACCCGAGGAAGCAGCUACUGUGUGGAGCAGCCAUCGGGACGCACAACGACGACAAGUACAGACUGGACCUGCUGGUGCAGAGCGGCGUGGACGUGGUGGUCCUGGACUCCUCUCAGGGAAACUCCAUUUUCCAGAUUAAUAUGAUCAAAUACAUAAAGGAGAAGUACCCAGAGCUGCAGGUGAUUGGAGGCAAUGUGGUGACCGCUGCUCAGGCCAAGAAUCUGAUCGAUGCUGGAGUGGAUGCGCUCCGGGUCGGGAUGGGCUCUGGCUCUAUAUGCAUCACACAAGAAGUUCUGGCCUGUGGUCGUCCUCAGGCCACUGCGGUCUAUAAGGUGUCUGAAUACGCUCGGCGGUUUGGAGUCCCGGUGAUCGCAGACGGAGGCAUACAGACUGUGGGGCACAGCGCUAAAGCACUAGCCCUCGGAGCUUCCACUGUGAUGAUGGGGUCGUUACUCGCUGCUACCACUGAAGCUCCAGGUGAAUAUUUCUUCUCUGACGGAAUCAGACUGAAGAAAUACAGAGGGAUGGGCUCACUGGAUGCGAUGGACAAGAACUUAGGAUCUCAAACUAGAUACUUCAGUGAGUGUGAUAAGAUCAAAGUGGCUCAGGGCGUCUCAGGAGCCGUGCAGGACAAAGGGUCCAUCCAUAAAUUUAUUCCAUAUCUCCUCGCUGGAAUCCAACACUCUUGUCAGGACAUCGGAGCCAAGAGUCUAACACAACUGCGCGCCAUGAUGUAUUCUGGAGACCUUAAGUUUGAGAAGAGGACCACGUCAGCACAAGUCGAGGGAGGAGUCCACAGUUUACACAGUUACGAAAAGCGCCUUUUCUGA